AUCGAAUUACAUCUUAGAUUCUAAAUAUAAUGAGUCAAUUUGUUACAGUACAAGUUGGCCAGUGCGGGAAUCAAAUAGGAUCAGCUUUCUGGCCUUUAGCCUUGCAUGAAUAUGGCAUUCAGACUACUACUGGUGGUGUCAAUUUACUUAAAGUACAACGAAAUCAUGUCAAACAUAUUGGCGAUCUUUCCGAUGCCUUUUCUAGUUUCUUUUAUAUUCCAAAUAGUAAAUCUAAAUUGCAUUUUCAAGAUGUAGCUGACUUAAAUGCAGCUAAAGUUAAAGCUAGGGCUGUCUUAGUAGAUAUGGAAGAUAGUGUUCUAUCUAGGUUUAAACAAGGUCCAUUGCGUCAGUUAUUUGAUCAGACAUGUAUUGUAACGAAUUACCCAGGAUCUGGAAAUAAUUGGGCAAUAGGAUAUCAUGUUCACGGUAACGAUUAUCAUGAUCGUUUAGAAGAAAGUGUAAGAUGCAUAAUUGAAAAAUGUGAUCGACUUCAUGGAUUUUUAUUGAUGCAUUCUUUGGGAGGUGGCACUGGAUCUGGAUUAGGAACAGCAAUCUUAAAACUAUUAAAAGAUAAUUAUCCUCAUGUAGAAAGAAUUGUGUCAUGUGUAUAUCCAGCAAAUACACAAGAUACCAUAACUGCCCCUUACAACACAUUACUUGCAACUCGAGAACUUAUAGAAUAUGCCACAUGUGUACUUCCUGUAGAGAAUAAAGCUCUCUUAGAUAUAUGUAAUGCUCAAAUAAAUAAACGAGAUAACACGGGCCAAACAAAUUAUAAUGCCUCGUGCAAACCGUUUCAAGAUAUGAACAGUAUCAUUGUCAAUAUGCUCUUGCACUUGACUAGUGGAUCCAGGUUUCCAGGAAGCUUAAAUAUGGAUAUGAAUGAAAUAGCUACAAAUUUAGUACCUUAUCCAAAAUUACAUUAUAUAUUCAGCAGUAUCAGUCCUGUCACUUUAUCUGCUCCAAAUAUGUGCAAAUAUAUGCAAGAAGCAAAAUUGCAGGACGAAGUGUUUACGAAUGCAUGGUCGCGAAAUAAUCAAUUAAUUAGAUUAGAUCCACUUCAAUCUACUUCAGUCAUUCUUGCUGCAGCGCACAUUGCGAGGGGAAAUACUACCUUGACUGAUAUAAAACGAAAUAUCGAAAGAUUUCAAAACAAAUCAAAAUUUACUUUGUGGAGUAGGGAUUGUAUGAAAAUAGGAUUAUGUUCGGUUCCUCCAGCGGGACAUUCAUCAUCAUUAUUAUGUCUUCUUAAUUCAUCUGCUAUGUCUUCAUUAUUCAAAGAUAUAAUCCGAGAGUUUUCUAAAUUAUAUAAGAAAAAGGCACAUGUUCAUCACUAUACGCAAGUACAUGGAUUCGAAGAAACGCAUUUUAUUGAGAGCAAAGAAAAUAUUCUCAGUUUAUGUGAAUGUUAUGCAGAAAUACAAAAUAUGGAAGAAACAAGUAUCUCUAGAUUGCAAGUAAUUUAA